AUGCCUGCCAUUGACCGCGCCGAGCUCGACGCGCGCGUGGAGAAGAUCUACGCGCAGGUUGUCGCCUGGCGUCGCCACAUCCACGAGAACCCCGAUCUGUCGUACGAGGAGGAGCCGACGGCCGCCUACAUUCUGGGUGAGCUGCGGAAGAUGGACUCGGAGGGCAAGUACCUGCACAUCACACAGCCGAUGCCCAACUGCGUUGUGGCGGACAUCAAGGGCGGCGCCGGCGCGGGCCCGACGAUUGCGCUGCGUGCGGACAUCGACGCGCUGCCUGUGGUGGAGCUGACGGAUGUGCCGUUUGCGUCGAAGAAGAAGGGCGUGAUGCACGCCUGUGGCCACGACACGCACGCUGCGAUGCUGCUUGGUGCGGCGCAGCUGCUGCUGGAGGACGCUGCGCGGAUCAAGGGCACGGUGCGGCUGCUGUUCCAGCCUGCGGAGGAGGUGCCGCCGGGCGGUGCGGAGGUGAUGGUGGCGAAGGGCUGCAUGGAGGGCGUGUCGAUGGUGUUCGGGCAGCACAUUCUGCCGCAGCGGGAUGGGCCGACGGGGUGUGUACUGGUGCGCAGGGGCCCUAUACUGCGCAGCUCGGACACGCUGCACGUGGAGGUGAUCGGCCGCGGCGGCCACGCGGCGCUACCGGAGCGUGCGGUGGACCCGAUUGCGAUUGCCGCGCUGGUAGUGACGGCUGUGCAGCAGGUGGUGUCGCGCCGCAUGCCGCCGUCGAAGUCGCCGAUUUUUACGAUAACCUCGUUCCAGUCGAGCUCCGACAGCUACAACGUGAUCCCCGACAAGGUGACGCUGAAGGGCACGCUGCGGUGUGUGGACAGCAACGUUCGCACGGAUGCGAAGGUGGCUAUCGAGGAGGCGAUGAGGGGUGUGACGGCGUCCUUUGGUGCAAGCUGCGAUUUCAAGUGGCUGCCGGGCUACGACGUCACGGUGAACAAUGAGGAGGCGUACAAUGUGGGCAUGCGUGUGUUGAAGCAGAUUUUGCCCUCCAAGGAUAUGAUAGUGGUUCUGCCAGAGUGCAUGGCUGCCUCGGAAGACUUCAGUGCGUUUGCGAAGGUUGCACCCGCGAAUUACGUCGGAAUCGGCUGUUACAACGAGUCGGAGGGGUGCACGGCGGCGAACCACAAUGCAAAAUUCAAGGUGGACGAGCAGGCGAUGAAAGUCGGCGUGAAGGUGCACGUGGGGCUCAUCCACGAGUUGUUGAUGUCUUAA